AUGAGACCCCAAUCGCACAAUGUGGCCAACGAAUGCGAGCCUACCAGCCGGGCUUCCGUCCUCAUUCUCCAGCCGAGGAUCGCGCUCCAGCUUCCCAGCUUUGACACAGCAGCGUCACUUGUGAAACAACAGAGAGGGGGAAAAGACGCACUCGGGCCAAACCCCAUCCGCACCAGCAGGAGAAAGAUGUCCGAGCCAAAUAAGUACCGAGAGUGGAUCUUGGAAACAAUCGACUCUCUUCGCUCGAGGAAAGCUCGUCCGGAUCUGGAGAGAAUUUGUCGAAUGGUUCGGAGACGUCACGGCUCGGACCCGGACCGAACCAGGACAGAACUGGAAAAACUGAUUCAAGAGCAGACGGUACUCAAAGUUAGCUACAAGGGCUCCAUAUCGUACCGAAACGCCGCGAAGGUUCAAAGGAAAAGCCGAAAAAAGAGUGAGUUUUCGGGCGCUGGCGGCAGCAGCAGCGGCAGCGCGGAGGCAGCGAGGGAGCGGACCAAACACGACCAUCUGAACAACAACGGCGACAGUGCGCACAGCUUCACCGACCAGGAGGAGGGAGAGGAGGACUCGGAGCCCAGCCCAGAGCCCCUCACUCAAACAGUAGCCAACAGCUCGGGGAAGAAGCCUGCCUUCAGCUCGAGUAGCGGAAACGGGUGCCUCAGUUGUGGCGCAACAACGGGCUGUGAUGUCGGAAAGGGCUGUAAAGAGGAGAAAGCAAGUGCAGCGAGAGACAAGGGAUUAGGACAGCAGGGAGGUCUGAUCCACAGAACAAACGACUGCGGAGAUGCCAGCGGGACAACACCGAGCAAAAGCGACGCAAUUCACGGGGGAAAAGUCCCGGGUCUCUCCGGAGCUGACACCCAAAACAAAACUUGUUCUGGGGGCGUCAGCCUCCAGCAGCAGAGUCCGAAGCAGACUGUGCCCCUUAAGCCCAAACUUAAAGUCGGCACCAAAACAGCGGGGAACCACGCCAACUCCGACCUCGGCGACAGAUUGGUAGCUUCAGUUCGCAGCCUGUCCGAGAGGAGCCUCCGAGGGGGCUCCGCCGCCACUAGAGGCCACACGAAGCCGCUCGGGCUGAAGGAGAUCCUGGGCUAUCUGAGCAGCCAGGAGCGGCUGUCGGAGGAAAAGCUGACCCGAGGCAAAGUCAAAGUGGUGAUGGAGAGAGAGGUGGCGAGGGGCAGGCUGCGUAGGACCCGCUGCGGGAACAUUACUCUUCCUCUGAGGGGGAUGGAGCUGGAGGAGGCGAAGAAUGACAGACUUGUAAAGAGCGCACUGCAGGACAGGCACACUGUAAAAAAGCCACCGCCCCCCUCUCUCCAGGAGACCGAGCAGAUGGAAACAGCGAGUGAAGGAGAGGAACAGGAGGAUAAUGAGGAAGAAGCGGAGGAAAAGGAUGAUCCCCGGAGUUCCGAUGAGGAGGGUGGACUUCUCCCGGUAUCCAUGACAACGGAACCAGAGCUCAUUGAGAAAACCGGAGAAGAUGCUGAGGUCCAGACAGUAUCAAAGCACGAGAGCCCCCAGCAGCAGCAGCAGCACGGAGGCAAAGGUUUGGGGGUUGAAUUCUCAGAGAUGUCUGGGCUUGAUUCCCCCAGCAGGACAGCAUGUUUACCCACCCAGGGAUCUCAUCUUUCACAGUGUAACAACGCUCACUUGGAGGAUAGAGAUGUGGCCCCAAAUCAGUUUCAUACAAAUGCAAAGAUGCAGACUGACAGAAUGAACCAUACCUCCCCGGGCUUUAACUGUCUACAAUCCAAGACAGAGGUUGGCGUGUCGUCCUGCCUGCUCACACCCACUGCCUCCCCGAGAGACUCUGGCCUGUCUGAGGAGCGAGGGAUGAACGGAGGAGUUAGCAGUGGAGGGUUUGUGAAGUCCGAGGGGUCUAGUGGGAACCCAGCAGAGUGGACGGUGUCUGACGUCGUCAGUUACUUCACUGCAGCAGGUUUUGCCGAGCAAGCUGCUGCUUUCAGAACACAGGAAAUCGAUGGCAAGUCUCUUCUCCUCAUGCAGCGUAACGAUGUUUUAACUGGCCUGUCAAUCAGACUUGGUCCCGCCCUCAAGAUUUAUGAGCGCCAUGUGAAGGUUCUGCAGAGAACGCACUUCGAGGAUGACGACUGCUAACUACAGACACAUGAACAGAGACUUUAAAGUCUGUAUCUACAUUUAACUUCAAUAAUCUUACAACGGUGAAUGCAUGAAAUACAACACACGUCAAAUCUUUAUCUCAUGCCAGCAUCACUCACAACAUACACAAAAACACACACACUUCUCUCCUCCUGGCCCUCUUAAGCUGCUCUGGUCCAGAAACAACAUGCAAAAAUGAGACUGACUUUUCUGGAAAACAAAGAUUUUCUACUGAGCAGAGCAGUAAUGUUGGCGGGAGAAAGAAGACAGAACUUUAAGAAGCAGGUUUCUUUUUUCUGAUUUUCAAUCUCAAGCACUUUUGCAAUCUCUCCAUAAAGCCAUGGACGUUUUUUCUUUCAAAUGUAAUUUUUUUUGCACAUCCUAAAAGCACUCAUGUUUAUUUUGUAUGAGAGUUAAUUUAAGUUUUGUAAGGCAAAUACAAGGUUUUUCCUGUUGUAGGUUCAUGUUUGUCAUUGUCCACACCCUGUUUGUGUGUGCAGGUGUCACUCAGCCUAUCAGUUCAAAGAGACAAAGUAAUUAUUGACCAGAUAAGAUAAAUUCCCAUUAGUGGGAGGAUGAAAAUAAGUCCCAGGUCAGGGCUGGUGUGACCUUCUGUAAAUGGACACUGUAAAGCAGCAAUAACCUGAUAAUUUAAUAAGAUGUUCCAAGGGUGUUGAAAAAUGUUCAGCUUGUAUUUUAGCAUGCACUUGAUUUUUGUUUCAGAGGAUAAUCUAUGAAAUUCAUCCCUAAUAGUUUAAUGUGGGCUACCCAUAUUCUGUUGAAGCCUAUUCAUCGCUGUAUUCACAGCCAGUUCCACAAAGAAAGACUAAAACUGUGGCUCUAUCUGGUGAGCUGUCAUACAGGUCUUGUUACAUCUUGUUGUAGCAUGUACACUCAGUGAUCCGCGUAUGAGUUGUGAGCCUUAUGUGCAGCUGUGAAUGCAUCAAGAUAUAUUUUGGACAUACAGUGCCUAUUAAAAGUGUUCUGACCCCCUUCAUGUUUUUGAAUUUUGUUAUGUUGCAUCCUGAUGCUACAGUCAUGUUAUUGACAGAAGUGAAGAGGGUCUGAAUAUUGUUUGAAGGCACUAUAGAUCAGAUCACAUCUGGUAUUAACAUCCCUACUGGAUUCUAAGAUCUCAAGGGGGCAGAGCAUUCACGCUUUGCAUCAACAUGAUCGGAUAAGUGAUCAAAUCAAAGCCACAAAAUAACUUCCAUUCCAUCUAAUUAAUUAUGCCUUUUCUUUUAUAAAUGAAACCAGGCGAGCAACUAAAUCACACCAAGCAUGAAUUUUGAUUAAGCUGGAACAAACUGCUUCCAAGGGAGUUUCAAAUGACAGAGUAAUACAAAAACCUGAUUUGAACUGAAUAUAUAAGUGUGGAUUAGCCUGUAGGGCAGGAGGGCUCCUGUGACUUCUUCCAAAGGCAGCCCUGUGUUUUUGUGAACAAAUCACAGAGGCUUGGCUAAAAAACACUUAACCUUUCACCAGAGGUGGCUGUAGUGUUUUGGAGUCCCAGUGCAAAGACAGUAAGAGCCCCCUCAUCCACAUUUAGCUUUAAGUAAUCAUAACAGGUGGACAAAAUACUUUUGAACCAUCUCUUUUCAGUUAACAAACCCAGAGAACUACAUGAUACACCCAAAUCUGAAAUCUGAAUAUCCAGGAGUACUUCCUCGUCACCCCUCUGAGGAGCAUCAUAACUUCUCAUUAUAUCAAAAUAUUUAAAUGUGUCUCCAGGUUAGGUGUCACAUCUGCCAGAAACCAUACUUUUAGGUAAUGCAAGCCAUUUACCACACAGCAGUCCUCCAAUUCAUUGUAUCAAUAUGUCUUUAGGGAUCUACCUUACUAUAUUUUACACUAUAUAACAGCAUUUUGGGUCUUUUUGAGGGGUUGGACCUUGCUGUUGAGGUCAAGAAGGAUCUUUCUCAGCUACAUUUUAGAUGUCAUACUGCUAUGGUGCUUCUUCAUUCACUCUUGGCCCCUUUGUGAUUAAUUUUAGACAAAUACUUUAUAACUUAAUGCACACCUAUAAUGACUAUGACUUGAAGCCCUUAAGAGCCUGAUGUCUAAUGUAAAAGCACCUUUGCACUUGAUAGUAAUCUCAAUAUUUUAAGAAAAAUAGAAAGUAAAAGACAUAAGUUUUCCUAUUUUUUAGUCACUGGUCCUGCUUGUGAGGUGUCAAUACCUGUUGGAUAGGUAGGUAGAAGGAUUUAUAUUUUAUGGCUUUGGUUUAAAAAAAUCAAUUCCUACAAGUAUUCGUCUCUACCACGAGGAAAAGAUAAGCUGGUCUGACAUUCCAAUUAAGUCUAAAAUAUCUUUUUGAAACUGGCCUCUAGGGUUGACUACAGGAAUGUUGCCAUUACAGUCCAGUCAACCGAGCGAACACAGCAGAUCAUCUCAGAGACAUCUCAGUCCGAUGUAUUAGGAUGACUAUGUAAAUACAUUCAAAUGAGCCAUUCAUAUGUCAGCCUUUAUUUGUAAAUUGUUGAAAAGAUAUUCUGUAAAAGAUGUAAUGGCAGGGCAAUGCUGAGUCAAUCAAUGAAUUAAUCUCACACCACCAGCAUUUUUUCAACUGUUUGUACUUUUCAUACCUUUGAAACCAAAAUCUGUCAAAUCCCAUCUUCACUGUAAUGACUUCAUUCCAGGUUUGACACCCUGUCUGUGCAUGCUUUAUUAAAACUACCCAUGUUUGUGAGUUUGUUUAUUUGUUUCAGGGUUUAAAUGUUUCAUUUUAUAAAUGCAUUCAAUUCAUUUUUCAUGCUCUGGUGUUCAAAAUUCCUUUGUUCAUUCAAGCCUCCUCUACCUCUCAGUUUCUGCUUUGACUUUGGCUUUUUUGCAACUUCUUUGACCACAUUUUUUUCAACCCCUGUGGUGACAUUGAUAAAAUGACCAUUAAUGCAUGGCCACUAGAUAUUUUAUUCAUCUCUGUCUGACAGGGUGAUUUGACAACUUUAGUUUAUGUUGAAAAUCUAAAAAAAACUAAACUCUGUUUAACAGAGCAAGGAAUUGUUAAUACAGCUUUUACAAACCUACUAGUUUUAUUUUAGAUGUUUAUAUUAUUUUAGCCUGCACACAGGAACAAAACUGUUUCACAAAAAGAAACUGCUAGUGUCAAAAUUCAUAGCCCAUCCAUCCACAAUGGAUGUAGCUAACAGCUAACCAGCAGCUUAUUUACUUACCCUUACAGCCCACACCUGCAACAGGUGUGUCCAAUCCUGCCCGCAUUAUGCAUGGGUUGUGACAAUCCAUGUUAAACAUUCAGGAUAACAGAUGUUGUGUUUAAUUAAAGGAGUGGCAAUAAUAAUGUGUCUACAUAAGCACUAGUUUGACAAAGUUUCCCUGAAUGAAGGAGAAAACAACCGCAACAAUCACAUCCUCUUCAUGCAUAACAAUGACUCAUGCAUAAAAAAAGCAGCUGAGAGCCUCUGACUUAUUUAACUCCUGGUUAUGGCUUAGUAAUAGUAAUGCACUGACACGUUAUUAAUCAACAUUUAUUUUAAAGUCAUACAGAGGUCAAAUUGUUUCCUGAUAUCUGGAAAGUUCAUGUGCCAUAAAACCUGCAGUGCACUUCCAUCAGCUCUCACAGGCAGUAGACUAAUCUUUAGUCUAUCUUUGCUGUGCUAUGAUCAACCUCAUUAGAUGCUCACUGCAAUAAGGCUAAUUUGCAUGGAAGGAGACAUUUUGUUCCCCCAAAUAACUGCAUAAUGGCUCGGUGUCUCUGCACACCAGUGUGUAUUUGUAGUGAUAGGCCAAUAUCACAAUAAUUGGAGUGUUAAAGUUGCACCUUUUGACUUAUUUACAAAGUUUUACCGCACGCACUGUAUUGUGGAGCUUUAACAAAGCAUCACACCAUUCAGCUGCAUAGAGACAGACACAUAUUCAAACAUAUUUACACAGCACCACCAACUACAACUGACAAAUACCAGCAAAGUAAAUGUUUUACUAACACCAACACGUGAUGCAUCGUCUGUAUUAUCUUGUUUUAUAUGAUCAUGGAGAAGUGCUUUAAAGUGAUCUUACUUUAUUCAGGGAUCAUAGAGCAGGUGUAUCAUCACAUCCAGGCAUGGCAAAUACGUUUCCUUGUGGGCGUGUUUCAAGAAAAUCCAGUUGUUUUCCAGCUGUCACUCUCUCUCUCUCAGUUAUAAAGAAAAACCAGACUCAUGAGUCGUGCACGUUGGGUUCUAUUUGUUAGCCUGUGUUUGAGAGCGAAGGCCAUCUCCUCUUCGGCAUCUUGGCAGCGUGAGCGUGUUAUACAGGGGAAGUGAAGUAAUGGGAGAUAGGGGGUUAAACUGAAGCAAAGCAACAAUUUUGGAUUUUAUAGAAAAUCUGUUCAUAUUUAUGAUUUUGUUAUGGCACCAGUUUCAACCAGUACAACCAAGAAGUCUUCUGAGAGGUAUCAAGGACAGUUGGAGGAACGAUGUGGCGUGCAAAUCAUGACAAACAGACAUGCUGCCAAUUGUAGUAGUAAAUGUACUCACACAUCAAUGCUAGCCCCCCUGGUUUUGGAUUAUGGCUUUUGCAAAAGUAUAUUUUCAACAAUUUGGCUCUUGGGUAGAGUAAGAUUGAGUACCACUGCUUUAAAAUGUAACAUAUUGGGGAGCAGGUGGCCUAGUGGUUAAAGGCGCUCCCCGUGUACGCAGGCAGCGAGGGUUCGAAUCCAGCCUGAGGCCCUCUACCACAUGUCCCUCCCCAAUUCUUGACCCUGUUUCCGACUCUAUCCACUGUCCUCCUCUAUCUAAUAAAUGCCCAAAAAUAAAUCUUAAAGAAAAGUCACAUUUUAAACCUCAUGUUUUUUUAUGUGGCCAAAGCAGCAAUAGUUAACAAUAGUUACACUGUAGCCAUGCAUUAUUUUUGAUUUUAUUAAUGUCAGUUGUGCGCUGCCACUGUUAGUAGUCAGUUUUGCUCAUUUGUAUUACUCACAUCUGUCAGAGAGGAGGAGGAUGUUUGAGUCUGCAUCACACAUCCAUGCUCAUG